AUGACUCCUAUCGCUGCACUUCAAGCAGUUGCAAUGCCCCAACUGUAUAGUUCAAUGCUUUCCAGUCCACAAAUCAAUGUGCUGUAUCUAACCCCGGGACAAGACAUCAUCAGCCCAGAGCAAUUUAGAGCAUCAAAUCCAGAGAUAUUGGCUACAAGAGCGGGUACACAGCUGCCAAAAAUGCCACCAUCGAUUUUAGUAAGAUACGGUACUCAUGCGUCUCUGAUCGAAGCCAAUGACAUGCUGUAUGUGGCUGAGAGAACAUCGAUACCCAUACCAAGACUGUUUGCAGCAUAUGCAUACGGGCCUCUAGACCGAGACGUUGACGACUUCGGGAGUGUCUACGAUACAUACAUCAUGGAGUUCGUCGAAGGCGAGUACCUAGGAAAGUCAUGGAGAAAAUACACAUCUACUGAGAAGCAAAUGAUCUCAUCAGACCUAAAGAAGCACAUGACAGAGCUCCGGUCUCUUCUCCCACCCGGCUACAUUGGAUCUCUGCAUGAGGGGCCGGUCACUGAUAUUAUAUUAGAAUGGUCUACGACUUCCAGAGGGCCAUUUAAAAGCGAAAGAGACUUUAAUGCUACAAUCAUCGACACCUUCGUCGCCAAAUCAAAAGUCCAGAUAGGUCCCUACAUCCGUGGCAUGGUUAAUGCACACAAGCAUGGAAUUGUCUUUACUCAUAGGGACCUCAGACCUAACAAUAUUAUUGUCAAGAAUGGCCUUGUGGCAGCAAUCAUUGACUGGGAAAUGGCAGGCUGGUACCCCGAUUAUUGGGAGUUCGCUAAAGUGUUUUAUCUCGAAGAUUUCACUACUGACUUGGCAUCACAUUUACUAGGCGUUCUUACGCCCCAUUAUUGUGAGCAGUUGAUGCAUGCCAACUUAAUGGGUGUAUUAUGGUAA